UCUACAUCGCGGUACAAGACGCACGUAUCCAUAAGACGGUGUAGUCGAAGUAAAAACUCGUUACGAGAAUUCAAAACGUAAUUAAAAUGACGAGAAAACCGUUUCGGUGUCGCCAUUAAAUAUUAAAAAUAAAGUGUAUUCAAUAAUGUGAAAUGCCAUUCAGCCAGUAAACGUAUUAAUUUAUUUUUUGGAUUUAAGAAGAAAUAAUAGCGCGGGAAAACGCUGUCAAGAUGACUGUCCAAAGGUGUCGAUUUGGAAAAUUAUACCGAAGUGAUGUGAAACAAAUAUUAUUUUUUGUUGUGCUGUUGACGGUUUUGGACUAUUUGCCACUUAAUUGUCAAGGACAAGAUUUUGACAGAGAUGCAAGAAGACUCUUUGGCGGUUACAGAAUAACACCAACUUACUGUAAAGCAUCAAGAACGGCCAGAUAUAAUAGAGGAAAUACAAUAUGCAUGUUCAAUCACGAAUGUACUCAAAGAGGUGGAGAGGUCGUUGGAACGUGUAUGGAUGGAUUUCUUUUUGGUGCUUGUUGUCAACUCAAAUCAGAUAGUCAGUCUCAUAUUCCUAAAGGUCCCGGAGUAGUCGUUCCCGGCUAUACGGACUAUUCAGAGAUGGAAAAUGAAGGAGAAGAAUAUGAUAGUUUCGAACAACUCGAUUCAUGGCAUAAUAGCUUUAAACCUGUAGUAACUCCAGGGUAUAGACCAAGUGAUAAAAAUGUUUAUACUACAACGAUAACUACUACUGAACCUAAUUAUAGUACUGAAAGUGAGAUAUUGUCUGAAGGACUAAGUCACAUUACAAAUACUCUAUUAAAUACUCCACCUAAAGAUAGUAACAUUGCUUACAUUAAGCCCGGCAAACCAGAUAGUAUCUACACGCAUAGUACUAUAGAACACGGCGUCCCUGAUACCAUACUUUUGCAUGAAGAUGGAUCAGAAGUUGAAGAUAUUGCACGACCAUCUGACUUUAACAUACAAGUCUCUUCGAUGCAAACGAAACCUACUGUAGCUCCUUCCACAACUUCACAAUCAACGCCAACGCUAACUAUAUCAACACACAGACCAGUGUAUAAACCAAUAUUUAGACCAAAACCAGUUAAUAAACCGACAUCUGAAAAUCCUUCUACUGAAAAUUAUGUAGAAGUACCAACAGUAACUAAAGAAACACAAAAAAUAUCUGAACUGUCUUCAAUAAAUAGCAUCAUUCAAAUGUUAAACGAGAGCACGCCUAGUAUGAAGGAAGAGCCAAGUUCAUAUGCCACCAUCGAUAUGAUAGAAACCAAAUCUUCGCCAAUUCCGUCAUCUACCCAAUCUUAUCAGAGUAGUGCUUAUCCGAUACAUCGUGUUACUACAGGACAUUAUGUAACUAUGAAACCAUCGUCUUAUCCCAACAAUUGGUACACAUCAGGUGCUACAUCAUUUACACAGAGACCUACAACUUUGACAAGUAAACCAUCUUAUAGUAUAAUUUAUACAACUCCUAAUAUCAUAUCUCAAGAAACUAUACCUGAAAAGGCGCCUCAACCCGAUUUCUCUUCUCCUGAACCUAGUCAGUCUACUAGUCAAGCGAUUGAGGCAUUCAAUAGAUAUCCUAAUGACCCCAGUGAAUUUGGACAAACUGUUACUACCUUUAGCUAUGUGAGUUCGACAACAACAAAACCAACCCCUACAACUAGAAAACCGCCAUCUACUAGUUACGUCACAGGUGUAAAACCCUCACGAAAACCUGUAACAGAUUCGCUAAACACUAUAUCUACUUACAACGUUGCUCAGGACACAUUUUCGAGUGCAACACCGACUGUGAUUCUUUUAAAUAAUUUAGAAACAAGCAAACCCGGAACACCCGGAGACAAAGAACCUGAAUUCGUUGAAAUAUCACAAGAACCUUAUAAAAAACCGGUUAAUCAAAUAACAGUUAAUAAUGUUAUUGAAUCUACAAAUAAUAUAUAUGUAAAUAAACCACCUCAGAAGUUUGACAAGCCUGCAUCGCCUACAGUGGUUAUAACUCCAAAACCAUCACCAAGUACUUCGCCAUACCCAGUAAAGUCUUCUACAAAACCAGUCUCAGUUUUAACAUCGGACAUACCAAGUUUUGAUUCUUACACAGAGUUGUACUCGCCCACAACAAUGAGACCAGAACUACAAACUUCUACUGAUGACUUAAUAAAUUUCCCUCCAGUGAGAAACCCUAUGUUCAAUGCUACCGGAUCAAAUGUAGUCACUUACAACACAAGCAUUGACAAUGAUUUAGAUAAUUUACAAGAAUUAGAAUUUACAACACCGUCUUGGCACGAAGAUGAUAAAUUAAAUGAAAAAAUGAACCUCUUCGUCAACAAGAUUGUUGGAAGUCUUCAAGGCACAUUCCAAGAGCUGCACGAUAUUGUCAUACUUGAUAAAAAACCUAACGCAACUAUAAUUAAAGAUACUAAAACAACAACAACCUUAAGACCCACACGAAAAACACCAGCUACCACCCGAAGACCUGUUGUUACCACAAAAAAACCUAAUCGAAUUACGACUACUAGAAAAACACCUGUAAGAACAACUAAAAAGCCUACAAGGUUAACAACAGCCGUAAGAAGACCAACAACAACACCUACAGUCCCAACAACUACAAAGAAAACGGUAACGACCACCAAAAAGCCUAAGCCAACCAAAAAGGUGACGACCACAACUGUUACUCCCAGCACAACAACUGAACUUUACGAUGACAUAACAACAGAAAGUUACACGGAGCAAAUAAUUAACUACGACGAUAGAAGCCUAUGCGGCGUACGACCAUUAGUAAAAUCAGGUCGUAUCGUUGGCGGAAAGAAUGCUUCGUUCGGCGACUGGCCGUGGCAGGUGCUCAUCAGAGAGUCAACCUGGUUAGGACUGUUCACGAAGAAUAAAUGCGGAGGAGUUCUGAUCACUAAUCGUUUUGUCACCACUGCAGCUCAUUGUCAACCAGGCAGCUUCAUGGGGUCAUUGGUAGCGGUUUUCGGUGAGAAUGACAUAUCUACCAACUUGGAGCCGAGGAGACCAGUGGCAAAGAACGUGAGGCGAGUGAUACCACAUCCUAAAUACGACGCUGCGACAUUCGAAAACGAUUUAGCUAUACUUGAACUGGAUUCGCCAAUCAAAUACGAACCACAUAUCGUGCCCAUAUGUAUGCCACCGGAUGAUGCUGAUUUUACAAACCGAAUGGCAACAGUCACGGGAUGGGGCAGACUUAAAUACGGCGGUGGUGUUCCCGCAAUCCUUCAAGAAGUUCAGGUGCCGGUGAUGGAGAACAGUCAUUGCCAGUACAUGUUCCAAACGGCCGGACACGCCAAGAAAAUACUUGAUUCAUUCAUCUGCGCUGGAUAUUCUAAUGGGAAGAAGGACUCUUGUGAGGGUGACAGCGGUGGUCCUUUAGUAGUGAGGAAUGAUGAUGGAAGAUGGGUGUUAGUUGGUACUGUAUCACACGGCAUCAAGUGUGCAGCGAGAUUUCUACCCGGCGUCUAUAUGAGAACUACAUACUAUAAACCCUGGUUUAGAAGUAUUACAGGAGUGAAAUGAGUGCAUUAAAAGUACUAGAUAAUGACCUAGACAUAUCGGUUUGAAUACCUUUAACUCAAACUUAAGAGCUACAAUUUAAGUCAAACGAAUAAUGCUCAAAAUUUAGAAUUAAAUAAUUCAAAACUUUCUCAUGAUUUUGGACCAAUGUCUUCAGACAUUCAUAGACCUUUAAAAAGGUCUAUCUUCCUACUAAAUACCGGUUCACAUAUUUAAGGUGCAAGAAUGUACAUUAAAUUUAUUAAUUUUGACCCAAAAACAAAAGUGAUACGAGUAUCUAUCUAGCAUAAUUUUC